UGUUAAGUGGGGUAUUGCUCUAUAAAGCAAAAGGGAAAAGUGGGAAAAACACUACUCAUCAUCAACUCCAAUAUCACAAACUCACUUGUAAUAACAACCUCUUUUCACUUCAAUUUCAUCACCCAAUUCACAAAUCCUCAAAUCCCUUCAUUGUAAGUUAUCAACAAGAGUUUCCAUUAAUUAUUUGACACAUAAGUUACUACUUUUGUGCACAAAAGUUGGAUCAUAAAGUGUAUCACAAAAUGGGCCUAUCAAGUCUUCCAGCACCAUCUGAAGGAGUUUUAUGCAUAAUUCUAGUAAACACUGCUAUGUCAAUAUCAAUAUUCAAAGGCAUUAUUAGGACUAUCCUACAUAUAAUUGGUAUCAUUGCUUCACCAUUAUCCUCAACUUCCACUCCUUCACAAGAUUACAGUAUCUCUCAAAACUCACCUGAGUCGUAUGAAUUUCAUCUCAGUCCCUCAGAUGAUUUCAUUGAAGAGUUUAGAAGUAGGACACCAACACUUAGGUUUGACAGUGUGUGUAGUAGCUGGAAAGAACCUGAACAUGAUUGUUCAGUGUGUCUUACUCAAUUUGAACCUGAAUCAGAGAUAAACUACUGUUUAUCUUGUGGACAUGUUUUUCAUAAAGUGUGUUUGGAAAAGUGGUUGGAUUAUUGGAACAUUACAUGUCCACUUUGUAGGAGUCCUUUAAUUCCUGAAGAUGAUGCAACUUGCUUAUGGUAAGAGCAAUGAUUAAAGCAUGCACAAAUGUAAAAUAGAGAGGUUCUUUUGAUGUACAUUAUAUAUAGUGUGUACAUAUUUGUGUUACAAUUUUGAUUUUGAUGUUCCUAUGUAUCUGACUUUUUCUUUAGUCUUCUUAGUGCUUUGGCUUUUUUAUGAUGUAGAGUUAGUGGAGGCUUUUAUUUACUUUUUUUCUUUCUUUCUCUGUUAUCUGUAUCUGAUGUUGCCACAUAUGAGAUCAGGGGUAUACUUUUUUUUGCUUGUUUGUC